AUGUCGUCCGCGAAACCAAACAAGUUCAAAAUAUCCCAUACAAGGUCGAAUCUACCGAUGGCCUCAUCAUCCGCUCCAAGCUCGUCUAGCAAGAGAAAUCAAGUGCGUGACGCAGCCAAGGUUGGCCUCGAGAUAGUAGCGAAUAUAUCCGAGGGGUCAGAUGUACUUGCUCCUCUAAAGGCGGCCUGUCGAACUACCAAAUCUAUCCUCGAUGUCGUACAGUCAAUAGAGAGUAACCAGGAAGGAUGGAACGACCUAAAAAGACGUAUCAGGAAAUAUAUCUCCGUGCUCGAGGACCAAGUCACCGUGUUCGAGAAAUACCCACCAGCGGACCGGGCCAUCGAUGAGGCCUUCAGCCAACCCCUCGUUCAUUAUAUUGAAUUUCUCGAAACUACGCAUGAUGCACUCAUCGACCGCGCACGCGGUUCUUUGAAACGUAUUAGCAAAGUCAAAAUCGAUGCCGAGGAGAUCAUCAAUCUUAAUCGAGACGUUGAGGACCGGCAUAGUCAGUUCAUGGGGGCAUUAAACAUUUUCAACGCAUUAUGCGUUCAAGUCAUCAGGAGGAAAGUCGACGCUGCUAUUAUACUUCAGCUACCAGAGGUGAAAUUCUCUGCGUCUUCAGUCCACAGCACUUGCCUGAAAGAGACGCGUGAGGCUGUUCUUCAGACUAUAUGGCACUGGGCCAACGACAAUAUCUCGGAGAAGCCUAUAUUUUGGCUCUGUGACAUAGCCGGCUCCGGCAAGUCCACAGUAGCAAUGUCCGCAGUGGAAUCAUGGAGCCGUCAAGGAUUGCUGGGUGGCCGAUUCUUCUUCUCCAUAAGCAGCAGUGAAGGAUCAACUACCGAGAAGUUCUGCUCAACCGUAGCGAGAGAUCUUGCCCACUACAUCCCGGAGCUUGCACCGCACAUCGCCGGGGCCGUGAACCAGUACCCAUCUUUCAUGCGAAGCUCUCUUGAAGAGCAGUUCCAAACGCUCAUCACUCAUCCCGUUCGCCAUUGGCAAGGGCAUGUAAUACUUGUUAUCGACGCCCUAGACGAAUGCAAAUCCGCAUCACAAAGAAGAGAACUUGCUGAUACCCUCUCGAUAGCCGUUCAAGAAUGCAAGAACCUAAAGAUAUUCAUGACAAGUCGGCCAGACCCCAUCAUCCAAGCAGCCUUGGGUUCACGCUCUAUUAAAGCGAAACUAGAGGACCGCCUUCACGAUGUCAAGCAUCGCGAUAAUAUUGAUGACGUCGCUAUAUACGUACAUAGAUCACUAGGUGGAGUACUGCCGGAGGACAAAAGGCAGAGGCUGGUCGAAAAGGCGAAUGGAUUAUUCAUCUGGGCGAGCACGGCAUGUCGCAUACUCAAUGACAAGACCAGCUUGAGUUCCCCUGAGAGCAUGUACAAUCGUCUCAUCUCCGUGGACCACGGUGGAGCCAUAGAUGAUCUGUACAGUCUCAUAUUUGAGCGUACAAAUCCCGAGUACCGCGAAGUCAUGUACCAGAUGUUAGCUCUGUUGCUCGCUGCAUUCGAACCGCUCACUGUGGACGACCUGGAUGAUAUUCUCAAACAUAUCGGGAUAGAGGGAAGUGCAAAGGCAUUGUUGCAGAAUCUAGGGAGCGUGCUUAUCGAGGAUACAAGUACAAAACUGAUCCAAUUUCGACAUCCCACUUUCGUCGAGUACCUUCGACGUUGCUCCAUAACGCCAACCGUCGAUAGCCCCCAUAGAGUAUUGGUUAACCUUGCCAAUGCACAUGGUCAAGUUGCGUCGUGGUGCUUCAAAUGCUUCAAGUCGCCGACAGAAGGCCUCAAGUUCAACGUUUGUCAAAUCGAGUCAUCUUUCUACUUGAACAGAGAGAUUCCCAACCUCGAAGCUAAAAUAUCAGAUUUCAUAUCGAGAAGGCUUCGAUAUGCUGGCUCUCAUUGGUUGUUCCAUAUUGCGGAAACUGACGGCAACUGGCAAUCUGACCUCAAAGAUCUACUUCAGAAUGCCAUUCAAGUACCAUACGCACUAUACUGGAUGGAAAUCCUCAGCCUCAUUGGAGGGGUACGGCGAGCGAUAGCUAGCCUUCAAGUUGUUACUGCACUUACUGGGCUCGAGGAGGGAAUAAAAGGCAGGAUAGAUGAACUUCGACGGUUCUUAAUCGCAUUUUCGGUGCCGAUCCAGGACAGCGUACCACAUAUCUACCUUUCUGCGCUUCCAUUUAGCCCCAGGAAGUCACAAAUUCAUAUCGAGGGUGUAAAAAAAUAUCCUAAUACCCUCACCGUCACUCAAGGACUGGAGGAUAUGUAUCCCGGGAUAACCAGAACUCUUAGAGGGCACCAAUCCCGGGUCAAUGCGGUUGCAUUCUCCCCGGAUAGCGCAAGGGUCAUCUCUGGCUCGCACGACAAGACAAUUCGAGUGUGGGAUGUAGCCACCGGUCAACCAUUGGGAGAGCCACUCCGAGGUCACGAAGAUUCGGUUCUGGCUGUCGCAUUCUCGCCAGACGGCUCACUCAUCGCUUCUUGCUCGAAAGAUCUCACAAUUCGACUUUGGAAUUCAGCCACCUGUCAAUCACUGGGGGAACCACUCCGGGGUCAUAAAUCCUGGGUGCUGACUGUCUCAUUCUCACCAGAUGGCUCAAAAAUUGUCUCUGGCUCGCAUGAUAAAACAAUUCGGCUCUGGGAUGCAGCCACCGGCCAGCCACUGAGAGAGCCAUUUCAAGGUCAUAGAGACUCAGUCAGCGCCAUCGGAUUCUCACCAGACGGCUCACAAAUUAUCUCUGGCUCAUGGGAUGAGACCAUUAGACUGUGGGACGCAUCCACUGGACAACCCUUGGGGGAGCCACUCCGAGGCCACGAGGAUUUGGUUUUGGCUGUGGCAUUCUCGCCAGAGGGCUCAAGAAUCCUCUCUGGAUCGAAUGACAAGACAAUUAAGGUGUGGGAUGCAGCUAGUGGACAGCCAUUGGGAGAGCCGCUCCGAGGUCAUGAUAACUCGGUCAAGGCCAUCGCAUUCUCUCUGGACGGUUCACGGUUCGUCUCUGGCUCCUAUGAUACGACAAUUCGACUGUGGGAUGCAACCACUGGUCAACCACUGGGAGAGCCACUUCGAGGUCACAAAUCCUCCGUCAAUGCUGUCGCAUUCUCACCAGACGGCUCGCAAAUCGUCUCUGGCUCGGACGAUAAGACAAUCCGCUUAUGGGAUGCAGUCACUGGGCAGCCGAUGGGAAGGUCAUUUGGAGGUUACGAAGCUUCGGUCACUGCUGUCUCGUCCCUACCAGGCGGCUCAGGGAUGUUCUCCCGAUUUUUUAGCAAUACAAUGCAGCUCUGGGAUUUAUUCGCUAGAAACCCACUGGCGGAGCCAUUCCGAGGUCACAAGGAUUUGAUCUGGGCUGUCGCAUUCUCGCCAGACGGCUCAAGAAUUAUCUCUGGAUCAGAGGACAAGACAAUUCAAGUGUGGGAUGCGGCUACCGGGAAGACAUUGGGAAAGCCGCUCCGAGGUCAUGAUGACUCGGUCAAGGCCAUCGCAUUCUCUCUGGACGGCUCACGUAUCGUCUCUUGCUCAAAGGACCUCACAAUUCGACAUUGGGAUGUAGUCAGUGGACAGCUCCUGGGAGAGCCCCUCCGAGGACCCGCGCUUCCGGUGUGGGCUGCCGGAUUCUCGCUAGAUGGUUCACGAAUUGUCUCUGGGUCUGGGGACCAUACACUCCGACUGUGGGAUGCAGCCACAGGCCAGCAGUUGGGAGCACCACUUCGUGGCCACAAAUCCUCGGUCAGGACUGUCGCAUUCUCGGCAGACGGCUCAAGAAUCGUCUCUGGCUCGGACGAUAAGACAAUCCGCUUAUGGGAUGCAGUCACUGGACAGCCCUUGGGAGAACCACUCCAAGGUCAUGAAUCAGAGGUCUACGCUGUUGCAUUCUCACCGGACGGCUCACAAAUCGUCUCUGGGUCGACGGACAGGACGAUUCGACUUUGGGAUGCAGCCACUGGAGAGCCGCUGGGACAGCCAUUUUGGGGUCACAAUGGAUGGGUCUCGGCCGUUGCAUUCUCGCCAGACGGCUCACGCAUCGUCUCUGGCUCAAACGAUAAGACCAUUUGUCAGUGGCUUGUCAACACUGACGCAAAUAAGCUCGACCAGGGCAGAGGUUCCACACCUCCAGAUGUCGAGGGAGAUUCGCAAGGCACUCGUCUAGAAGAUCUCGUACCUGGGUUCAAACACUGCACGCUUUUGAAAGAUGGUUGGGUGCGAUCAUCUGGUAAACACCUCUUCUGGGUACCACCAGAUAAUCGAGAGGGACUGCAAAAUCCGCGUCUACUUUUGACUAUGCCGAGAAGAAAUCAGGAUCCUGCAACCCAACUUGAUUUCACCCAUUUUCAAUAUGGCCACUCUUGGAUAAAUGCUCAAAAUGACCCAGGUCGCUGA